GUUUCUGACCUAUCAGCCCACAUCAACAACUUCCAGGGUGGCCAGAGGACUGCACAGCCUGCUCUGCGAGCACUGAGAAGUCCCUAAGUACCGAGAUCCGCACACCCUGAUAAAAAAAAAAGAGAGCUAGCCGCACCGUGACACUAGAAACCUCAGCGAUCACCGCCUUCUCCGUCCCGGUGCACCUUCUCACCGUGGUGCGCCCGGACGCGGCCGGCGGGGCGCUCAACGCUACAGAAAGUUGGAUGCGUCGGGACCAGAGCCCCAGCCGGGCAGGAGCAAGGUAGGGAUCCCCCGGGGAGCCGGGGGCGAGAGCGAGGAACAGGGCAGGCCUCGUUUGGCCCCUUACCGGUCACCACCUGGAGGAGGUGACCGCCGUGCCCACGCGCGUUUGUACGGCCGCGUGUGCGGACGGACCGGACGUCACCGCCGCGCCGAAGGGGCCACGGCCCGCCAGCGCGCACGCGCAACACAGCGACCUACGCAGGCGCGGCGCCGGACAGCGCGGGAGGCGGGCGCGCGCCAUGGAACAGCGGCUCGCCGAGUUCCGGGCGGCUCGCAAACGGGCCGGGCAGGCAGCUCAACCCCGCACUUCCAGUCAGACCACACAAACCUCGGGAGAGAAGGCGGAAGCCCUUACGACUCCAGAGGCAGCCUCAGGCUGGUUAAGACGGUUCCUGAUACUUGUACGGAAACCGAGGCCCGCGAGUGCCCGGGCCCCGCCCACCCCCGCUCAGGAAGCGGCUCAGCCCAGGAGCAACACGUCACAGCCCCCACGGAAUGUCGCCAGCCCUCCGCCUCCGCCUCCACACUGCAGCGGGUCUUUGCUGACCAACAUCACCUUCCUGAAGGUUCUUCUCUGGUUGGUCCUACUGGGACUGUUCGUGGAACUGGAGUUUGGCCUGGCUUAUUUUGUGCUGUCCUUGUUCUACUGGAUGUACGUAGGCACACGAGGCCCUGGGGAGAAGAAGGAGGGCGAGAAGAGCGCUUACUCUGUGUUCAACCCGGGCUGCGAGGCCAUCCAGGGCAGCCUGACUGCAGAGCAGCUGGAGCGCGAGUUACAGAUCAGACCUCUGGCGGGGCCUUAGGACCCGGCUCCGCUGCCACAGGCCAAGGCCGGGCCCGUCCUCCUGGCCCUACAACAUGGACUUGAUUUGUGGUGCAGGGACUGAGGACAGCUUGCAGGUUGGCUCUGCGACUGCACAGUUCUCCGCUCUUUGCCAGACCUGCUGCAGUUUCAUCUUCGAUCUUCUCUUUGGCUUGGGUGAAAUUCCUUGAAAGAUGCUCACUGUGGGGCUGAUGCAGUUUAUAAAUGUUAUGUACUCAGGAAAGGAGGCCUCUUUGUCUCGUCAUUGGAGAGAGCAGGCUGGGGAGCACUAGGAAGUAACAAUUAGGUAUAUCACUGGGCUGUGUUUUAGAUGUACAUAUUCUCUUGAGGUCUUCUAAUGUUUAUAACAUUUGUUCUGUGAAAAGUUUAAGUUCCAAGUUUUGGGGGUUUCAUUUUGCUUUCUAUUGUAAUUCCUGCUUUUUCAGGCAUUAAUGAUGCUGAGCUAUAAAA